CUAUCCCCUUGUUGGAUGCCUUUGGGUUGUUAAGAACCCAUGUACUGGUGAUCUCUCCCCACACUCUGUCCCAGUGCUGGGCUUGGCUAAUUCCCUCCUACAAGGUCUUGAUUUAAUGCAAGGCUGCUAAAGUUUCCUAGGCUGCUCCCAACCUCCAACAUGCUGGCUCUUUGAUAUUGUUCUGCUAGACAAACCUCUUGCCAAGACUUGGGUCUGUGUGUCCACUUGCUGUUGGGGUUCUGAUUUUGCUGGACACGGUGUCUUAAUAGGUCGACUCUUCCUAGAUCUGUUUUGGGGUCCAGGUCCAGUGGAGGAUUCACCUAAUCCUAGGGUAAACCCAUUCAACCAGCCCAGCAGCAAGGUGGCUUUUUGGAAACUGCAUGGAAGGACUGAACCAAGGCCUGUGGGGAGAAUAAUCUUCAAAGGAAGAACCGGGCCAGAUCUGCAGCUGGGGUAGCUCGGCACUGCUCCAUUAGAGGCAACGGAGCAUUGAUACCAGCAGGAGCUCUGGCCUGUUGCUCCCACUCUUGCUGGAAUCCCUUUCUGCAACCAGCUAACCCCUGCCAUUGCUCUGCCAUCAGUGGUGUAAGUUUCCUUGUGUCCCACAGCUCCUGAGGAAGUGCUUCCUGCAGAUGAGCAGUCCAGAGGUGGAAUGGUCCCUUGGGACCCCCCACUUUAAAAAGUCCAGCAUCAAGCAGGUAAUUCAGGUACUCUGCGCUGGCCCUUGGUUGUCACAACAACCUGCUCUGCUGUAGCAAUCUCCUACUGUGUCUGCACAGGGGGCCUCCCAGGCAGGGAUUGCUGCUGCCAAUCCUUCCCAUGCCUAUUUUUUUCCAUUAUGAUUUUCAGACUCCUUCUUCCUUCCUCCUACCCCUGUAAAAUGAGAAUAGCUUUCCUGCCACUCAAUGAUGCUUCCCCCAGGACCUUCUCACCUGCACCUCUGUCCCUGGGCUCCUCAGAAGCAAACUAGGCUGUUUUGUUGCAAUAGCAUGCCAGUUAGUGGGGAUGUAUUUCUAGGAUACUCAUAUGUCUCAUGCAAGCACCACCUGGGAUUGGUGUCUGUCCUGGAAAACAGGGAUGUGGUGGAGAUACAUGGAGAUGGGCAGCUUCUGAUUCCACACCUGCUGUGUGCAGCUUUGUCCAUUCUUCUUCCACCCUGCUCUGCACUGCUCAUCUCUGUCCUUAGCUCUCUGGCUAUGAUAACGGUACAUCCAAUAAUUGGAUGCAAGUUGUCUGCCCUGUGUUUUACUAUUGGGCCCCUCUCAGUCCCGACCAGCAGUCCUAUGGGUUUCUCUCUCUUCAGGUAUAGUUGCCAGGUCUGCCAACCUGUAGGCAGACUUCUGCAGCAUAAUGUUACUUCAUUCCCACCCUGCCCCAACCUAUUUAUUGCCUGGAGCAAAGCUGUACCCCAGUUUCCACAGGUGAUUGCAGCUAUUUGCCAUCUCUUUGCCUCCUGGUCUAUUAACUACAUGUUCCGCACCCUCAACAGCCCUCAUCAUAGGACCAUAGAAAAGCAGAGCCUCAGGAGGUUGUCUAGCUCCACCCAUUGCUCAAGGCAAGAUCAUCGAUCAUGUCCUAUACAAGUGCUUGUCUAAACUUUUCCUAAAACUACACAAACAACCCUGUUACACAGCUGCAAGGCACAUGGUGCCAAGCCGUCCUAGCACUGACCAUGAUGUGGUAGUGCCUCCAGCCGAGGCAUCCUGCAGCUUCAUUCAUCCCUGAUGACCCUCUUGCCCCCCAGGGAGUCUUGAAGCUGGUUCAGUACAAGUUCAGCCACCUGCCGCCCAAGGAGCAACGGACCAUGUAUGAGCUCUCCACGAUGUUCCUGCUGUGCCUCAACUCCUUGAAGCUGAAGAUGCCCUCCCAAUUUCGACAGCACUCGCAGAAUGAUGAUGCCUCCACCUACAAGGUGAACUACACUAGCACAACAUAUGGUCCCUAAUUCUGCAAUGUGCUGUAAAGUCUGAUCUGGAAGAGCUGAAGACUUGAGGUUGUGCUACUGAGUCACACCCACACCUCAAACCCCCUGAUGUGCUCCCACCCAUCCCGCCUUCCUUUGUGAGCUCUGCUCUCAGCUGGACCACAGCAGCUUGGUCUGUAACCCAAGCCCCUGGCUGGCUGUGACUAUGCUGCCCAAUUUGGAUCGGUGAUGCUUGCUUCAGGAAGCAGGUGCUGUUAUUUUGGCACAUGAGUAAUCCUUAAGCCAUCAGCUGCUUAAAAAUAGAAGAUGGCAUCUCGAGGGUAUGAAUGGGACCGAGAAUUCUGGAUGGGCCCAGGCCUGGCCAGGAAGAGGAUAAAGGCCACUGGCUCCCACCAGCUGAGCAGAGCAGCUCCAGGACCAUCAGAGAGGACUCAGCCCCAGCGCUCUGAGUCAGCCACAGAAGCAGAGAUGCUGUGCCACCUGCACCUCCAGCCACCUUCCUACCGCACCCUGGCUCCCUGGGUGGGCCCCAUACUCACGCUGUGGCCUCAACCCAGCACCAUCUUUGCUGAGCUGGAGCGGGAGGUCCGAUGGGAGAUGGAGCGGACCCAGGAUUUUAUGAGCGGUGUCCAGAAGCUCUUAGCAGGUGAAGGGAGCAGUAACCCCAGCAAAGAACAAGAGCAGAGCACCAACAUGACCCUGCCCCAGGGAACAGACAGGGGCUUCACCAUAUCCCAGGACAUUAAGGGCUUUGCCCCUGAGGAGCUAACAGUGAAGCUGGUGGGCAAGAAGGUGUUGCUGACAGGCAAGAAGGAAAUGCAAAGUGAGGACAGUAAAGGCUCCUUCUCCUACAAGUUUGAGGUGUUCAAGCGGGAGUGGGAUGUGCCCGAGGGCAUGGACCCCAAUGAAGUGACCUGCUCCAUCUCCAGUGAGGGCCAGCUGCGCAUUGAAGCACCGCACCAGGCACUGACAGCCACUCCUGAAAGGAAUGUGCCCAUCCAGAUCACCCCAGUGGGGUGUGAAGCUGCAGUGCGCUCCAAAGAGGGGGCCAAUGGCAGAACCAAGGCAUAACGGGGACUGAGAGCUGACACCUGUCAUGCUGGCGGAGCCAGGGAGAGCACAGAGCAGUUUCUUGGAGCAGCAUCAGAGCUGAGAGUUAUCGGAGACUGAUGCAGGCCCCAUGCGGGUGGGAGGGUGCUAGGCACUGUCUAACUGCCCAUGAGAUGUGUAUUAUAUCACUUCUUUUUAUAUGAAAUAAAUGGGUUUGUCUUUUC